AUAUUUUGGUGAUUGGCGAACACAUGGACACAUUGUAUUGUCCGACUAGUCUUUAAUUUUACACUCCGCAUUAUAUAGUAUAUUAAUAUAAUCAUUAAUCAGUAAACCCUAUCCCCCAGUCUCUAUUUAGUAUUAAUUAAUUACAUUAUACUACAUAAUAAUUUAUUUAUAAUGUCAGAAAAAGAAGUAUCCGUACGUGGUAUGCCCAAAUGUGGACGAUUUUGGAAAACACCUAAAACCAAAUUUUCGUCCAUGAACAAAACAAAGGGUUUAAAGUUGUCUUUUGAACGUAAACAAAAACUAAGAGAAGAUAUAAAAAAAACUAGAGAGUUAUCUAGAGCCUUGAUUAAUGAAAGAAAUGCAGAAAAUGAGGCUAGGAAAGAACGACGACGUGAAAAUAUCAAACGACGCGCAGAAAAUCAAAGAAAAUCUGAAAUUGUUCAAGUGAUUAAGAAUCCUGCCAAAAUCAAAAGAAUGAGGAAAAAGGCAAUGAGGCAAAUUGAAAAAAGAGAUACAUUAAAUAUCAAAUAAUAUUCUAAUUUUUGAAAUAUAACUAAUUGUAAUAUAAAAUAUACUUUAAAUAUAAUUUUUCAAUUUA